AUGGACCCUAUGAAUGACCUCGAUCGUGUUUGCAACAACAUCAACAACCAUGAGAAAUCAAUCACUGCCUCAGAGUCAGACCCAAAUCAGGUCAUUGAUACCAACAAUCCCAACGAAGUUAACAUUAGUAGGGGUAACAACGUAGAAGUGGUAAGUCCACGUCAACCUGUUCAAAUUGUUCAUGAACAUAACCAAUAUAUGCCAAUUGCCAAUGUGAUACGCAUAAUGCGGAGGAUAUUACCACUCUAUGCAAAAAUUUCUGAUGACGCCAAAGAGAUUGUCCAAGAGUGUGUGUCAGAAUAUAUUAGUUUCAUCACUGGAGAGGCUAACGAGCAUUGCCAGCAAGAGCAGCGCAAGACGGUGACUGCAGAGGAUGUGUUGUGGGCAAUGGGGAAGCUAGGGUUUGAUGACUACAUAGAGCCCCUCAGUCUUUUUCUAACGAAGUAUAGGGAGGCUGAGGGAAUCAACCGCAAUUCCUUUUUCAUGAAGCGUGAGAGGGGAGAUGGCAGGAGGAAAGAGAAUGCGAUGCGCGGGCAUUACAGGCCGCUUGGGCUUGCUCUAGCGGAACAACAACCUGGGGUGUAUGAGCCGGGGGCGAUGAGUGGGUCCUAUAGAGAUGGUGAGGAAGGUGGGAGUGGUAGCGGAGGGGUUGGACCUAUCUCACCGUUUUUGUCCCAAGGACAGGGAGAAAGUUUUGUGGGUGGUGGCUUGGAUCCUUUUGCUCAAUUCAAGUUACAAGAGUAA